AUGAAAAAAAAUAAUAAUAAGAAAACAUCUAAUACAAAAGUUAAAGUUAAUCCUUGUUCAAAUGAUCGUUAUUAUAUGGAUUAAUCUAUUGAUGAAGAAGUCUAUAUUAAAAAUAACUAUAAAGUUGUAAGAGAAUUGGGUAGAGGAGGUUAUGGAGUUGUUUAUAAAGCGUAUAUAAAUUAUUCUAAUUAUUUAGGGUUGGAUUCAAUUAAGGUUAAAUUGAUAAAAACAAAAAAUAUGCCAUCAAGGUUAAUUUUUCAACAGUAUCUCCAGAGUUAAUAUUUGCAGAAAUUGGAUUUCUGAAAUUAAUUUAUGGCAAAGAAAAUAUGCCAUAAUUGGUUAAUUUGUUUCUUAUUGAUCAAAAAAUAUAUAUCGUCAUUGAGUAUUUUACAUACAAACCAUUCAUUGUAUUAAUCUUAAAAUAAUUUAGACUUUCUUUGCUAAUUUUGAUAUGAUGGAAAUUAGACGAUAUUUAUAUGAAUUACUUAAAGCAUUAAAUGUAUUGAAAUUAAAUGGUAUAUAUCAUCGUGAUGUUAAACCUGGAAACUUUCUCUAUAAUCCAAAGACAGGUAAAGGAAUCCUUAUUGAUUAUGGUCUAAGUGAAAUUGAUAGAUCAUUUGUUGCCAAAUUGAUUGAAAAAGAAAAAGAAUUAUCUAAAAAGGUAUAAAUAUUAUAUUAUUUUUUUAAGCAUCCUCAAUCAGAUGAAGUCUAAGAAAUCAGAAGAAAAAUUAAUUUAUACAAUGAAAUCUAAAAAACUAUAGAUUAAAUUGGAAAUAAUAAAAUAGGAACAGAGAGUUUUAUGCCAUUAGAAAGUAUAUUGCAUUAUAAUGUAUAUAUAAAUAAAUAAUUAUUGAAGGAUCAAUCUUAUGAAGUGGAUAUGUGGGCUGUAGGAGUCAUAUUCCUACAAUUUUUAACUAAGAAAUACAAUUUAUUUAGUAAUGUUAGAAUGAUAAAUAAGCCUGUUGUGACUAAGAACUUUUUUUAUGUUAACUUUAUAUUAGAAUUAGCUAGUUUGUUUGGUUCUGAAUAAGUUAAAUAAAUUUGUGAUUAAUUUGGUAAAAUAAUAUAAUUUAUACUUAAAAUUAGAAUAUGAUCUUAAAUUACCUACAGUUGUUGCAACCAAACCUGUAUAAUGGAAAUCUAUAAUAAAUAUUAAUGGAUUUGAUAAUGAUGCAGAAGAUUUGCUUACAAGAUUACUUUGCUUAAAUCCAAAAUAGAGAAUAAAGGUUGAAGAUGGAUUAAAACAUCCUUUUUUUAAGCCUUUAUUAGAUUAAGAAAAACAUACAUAAACAAAUUUUUAAGAUGAUUAAGAAAUUAUGUAAUAAAAACAAUAAGAAAAUUGA